UAGCACUAAUUUGAUCACAUCCUAUAUAUCCCAACCCACAACCUCUCCACAUACUUUUCCUUUAUUUUUGAACCAAACUCUUUUCCUUCAUCUCCCUUUCCUUUUCUCAAUAGCUGUGAGAUAACACAAAAAAUAAAUAAAGCCAACGGAAUCGCGUUUCAAAAGCUGAAAACAAAUAAAAUCAUAAGCUAUCAUGAUUGAGGUAGAAACGAUGCAGCCGCAACAACAGAGAGAUCAAGGAGAAGCUUCUUUUUCUGCUUCUUCUCAUAAUAAUCACGUUUCUCCUUCUCCCAGUUUCAGCAGUUACUCGUCGGAAACACUCGCUGAAAUCGCCGCUAGAGUCAUCGAUGAGCUUCGGUGGGAUCCUCAUUCCGACGAAGACGCGCUUUAUCAACCAUGGGAAGACGACAACAAAUUGAAGACUCAAAACGACAACGAAAAAGACGAGGAUAGUGAAUUUGAGUUUGCGGUGGUUUCGAGGGAUUCAACGAAUUUCUCCGUGGUUUCCGCCGAUGACAUUUUCUACAACGGUCAGAUCAAACCUUUGUAUUAUCCAGUUUUCGAUCAAAAUCUACUAAACGACGACGAUGACGGUGUCGUUUCUUCCGUUUCGCCGGUUCCGAACGAAACAACAACACGACGUCGUUUACCGCUACGAACGCUGAUGUUUGAAGAAAGCAGCGAAGCUACGGCAUCGUGUUCAUCUUCAACCGACGAGAGUAUCGACCUAGAAGGCGUAGCGGAAGGGAGUUACUGCGUUUGGAACCCUAAUUCGGUUGGAAUUGAGCGAAAGAAGAGUAGUUCAGCAGGUUCAGGAUCGAAUCGGUGGAAGCUACGGAACUUGCUUUUGAGGAGUCAUAGCGAUGGGAAGGAUAAACAACCGGUGAUGUUUCAGAUUCCGAAGACGACGGCGAGUAAAGUGUCGCCGGCGGUGGAGAAUGACGGUGGAAAGAAUCAGAGUAAGAGGAAGUCGUUUUUGCCUUACAAGCCUGAAUUAGUUGGACUUUUCUCUAAUGUUAACGGGCUUGGUCGGAAUUUGAACCCGUUUUGAUUUUCCGACCCGAAUCAAACAUUAUCAGUAUUAUUAUUCUUUUUUUAUUUUAUUUAAUCAUAGUCUAUCCCUGUGUGUUUAUGUAAGUUUAACUCUGUAUGUUUGGUACUACGGUGAAUUCAUUAAAAUUAUAAUGAUUAUGUCAAAAUCACCGCUAAUCCAAACAUACAUUUAGUCUAUUUAAUUUUUGGGGGCAAUGUAUCAUAUGAAAUUGAAGAGGUUGAGAGGUAGUAUUUAUUCUUUUUCCUGUAAAUUAUUUGAAAUUUUUGAGAUUUUGUUUUAGUUAGGUAUAAAACUUCUAUUAUGUAUGAUGAUUUGUUUAUACAAGUUUCUGGUAGGUUUUGUUUGUAUUUGAAUUUUGAA